AUGCCAGUUAUAAUUCUGGAUUCCAACAAAUGGAGUAUCUUUAGUUUGUUAGACUCUCAGUUGAUUCAAUCUAUCAAACUAGCAUGUGUAUUUGGAAGCUCUGCUAACGAAGCUAUCUUUGUGACCACUGAUGAUGAAGUCUUUGCUAUUGGCACAAACUGCAGUGGAUGUCUUGGACUAGGUGACGUGCAAAGCACAUUACAGCCAAAAAGGAUAGAGCAGCUAUGUGGUAAAAACGUCUGUGAUAUCGCUUAUGGUAGUGGACCUCAUGUAGUUGCUGUAACUGAAGCUGGGGAAGUCUAUAGUUGGGGACAUAACAGUUAUAGUCAACUUGGCAAUGGUAAUACAAAUCAAGGAUUAUUACCAGCGCAGAUUUCAGUUAGUUUAUUGGGACGUAAAGUAAAACAAGUAUCAUGUGGUAGUCAUCACACGCUGGUGUUGACUGGCGAUGGUGAGGUAUACGCAUGGGGUUACAAUAACUGUGGUCAAGUUGGUUCAGGGUCAACUACUAAUCAAGCAUCACCAAGGAAAGUGGUGGCAUGUCUAGGAAAUAAGAAAGUGUUCUCCAUAGCGUGUGGUCAGACAUCAUCUAUGGCUCUGUCUGAGAAUGGUGAGGUAUAUGGUUGGGGUUAUAAUGGUAAUGGACAGUUAGGCAUUGGUAAUAAUGUUAACCAGCCUAAUCCCUGUCGUGUUACUAGUUUACAAGGUAUUGUGGUGGCUAAGCUUGGCACUGGUAAUAAAGCUAAUUUAGUAACAGCUACAAAGAUAGCCAAUGAGAAACCAAGAUUUGUUGACAUUGCAGCCACUCAUUAUAACCAUGUGUCCGCCUCAAUGACACAGACAGGAAUUGUAUUUAUGUGGGGACAGUGUCGUGGUCAGUCAAUAACUACACCAACAGAAACUCAGUUUUCCUCAGUAUCAGAAGUAUUUGCUUGUUUUGCUUCACCGUCUGUUACAUAUUGUCCUUUAUUAAUAGAGAGACCAAUUAUGUUCAAGACUGUAUCAGAAAGUUUUCAGGAUUCAUUUGAUGAUGCAGAAACUAGCGAUUUAAAGUUUAUCAUUGAAGAGAAAACUGUCCAUGUACACAGAUCAGUUUUAAAGAUAAGAUGUGAACAUUUUCGCUCUAUGUUUCAAACGCACUGGGAUGAACAUGAAAAAGAUGUGAUUGAAGUGACUCAGUUCAGUUAUCCAGUUUACUGUUCUUUUCUGAAGUAUCUCUACACGGAUAAUGUGGAUCUGCCACCAGAAGAUGCAAUAGGUUUAUUAGAUCUAGCUAAUAGUUACUGUGAAGAUCAUCUCAAGAGACUUUGUGAAGGUAUUAUAAAACAAGGAAUUACAGUUGAUAAUGCUGCCAUGUUAUUAGCUGCUGCUAUUAAAUAUGAGGCCAAGGAUUUAGAAGAGUUCUGUUUCCAGUUUGCGAUGAAUCACAUGACUGCCGUAACACAGACAGAUGCGUUUGCCAAGUUAGACGAAUACACGUUGAAAAACUUCAUCACCAAAGCCGCUGUGUGUGGUGCUUUCAAAUCUUGA